UUCUUUCUCCUGAGGGUUGAUUCAGAGAGAGAGAGGGAGAGGUUGAAUCAUCAUCAACAUUUCUCAGGUUUAAUCCGAAAAGCCGUCUAGAAACUUGAUUUUGAUUCCGCACGUUGCUUAAAAUUUGGACAUCAGCAUAACAACAGAGCUCGAAGGUUUGUGCAGGAGUUGAUUGCAAUUUGCAGUUAGUUUGUUUGAGUUUCCUCUCCAUCUCUAGGAAAUGGUGGGAGUAUCAGAUAAUGUUCGCGGAUUUCUUUUGGCAAUCUCUUCGAGCAUUUUUAUUGGUUCGAGCUUCAUCAUAAAGAAAAAAGGCCUAAAGAAGGCUGGGGCAUCUGGAACUAGAGCAAGUGAUGGAGGCUAUUCGUAUUUGGGGGAACCUAUGUGGUGGGCUGGGAUGAUUGCAAUGGUCUUAGGGGAGGCUUUAAACUUCAGUGCCUAUGCAUAUGCUCCAGCUAUCCUUGUAACCCCAUUGGGAGCUUUAAGUAUCAUUUUCAGUGCGGUGUUGGCUCAUUUUAUAUUGAAAGAAAAACUCCAUGUGUUUGGCAUUGUUGGUUGUAUUUUAUGCUUGGUGGGUUCUAUUACAAUUGUUUUGCACGCACCCUUUGAGAAGGACAUCGAAUCAGUCAAGCAAGUAUGGCAUCUUGCCUUGGAGCCAGGUUUUAUUGUCUACACUAUCAUAGUUUUGGUUCUAGUUUGCACUUUAAAAUUUGUCUUUGCGCCAAACUAUGGACAAACGCAUAUGGUCGUGUACAUUGGAAUAUGUUCACUCAUGGGUUCUUUAACGGUUAUGGCAGUAAAAGCGGUUGCAAUUGCUUUGAAGCUUACGUUUUCAGGGUCAAACCAGUUCGUAUACUUCCAGACAUGGUUUUUCACUAUUCUUGUAGUCGUUUUCUGUGUCAUUCAGCUGAUAUAUCUCAACAAGGCACUUGACAUCUUUAACACAGCCGUCGUUUCCCCUGUAUACUACGUCAUGUUCACCAUCCUCACCAUUGUAGCAAGUAUGAUAAUGUUUAAGGAGUGGGAUUCUCAAAAUGCAACACAGAUUAUUACAGAGCUAUGUGGUUUCGUGACCAUUGUAAGUGGGACAUUUCUCCUCCACAAAACCUUGGAUAUGGAAAGUUCGACGACCAUGUCAUCCCCGCCAUACCAUACGAGCCCCCGGCUGCCAGAGCCCUGAGAGUAGCAGUAUACAAUGUGCAUGCAUCAGAAGUCGAUACAAGAGGCAUAUACGUUCCCGAUCAUACACUGCACAGCAUGCCCCCAUGGAUAGGUGCUUGUUUUUGUUUCUAUUUCUAGAUUUUAGGUUUUCAAGGAUUUAAGUAUAGAGUUCUGAAUUAGGUAUCCCUCUCCCUCUCUCUCUCUCCCUCCUCUCUCUCUCUCCCUCUCUCUCUCUCCCUCCCUCUCUCUCUC